GCUACGAUGCAACGACUUUGAAGUUUUAGUUUGGACUGGGGAAUAGCAAGUUGAUGUUUUUUCAAUGAAGGCAACAGGAUAAAAGGUUUACUCUUCAGAAUACAUUGCACUAGGGCUUUAAUUGCAUUAAUUUUAUUUUAUUAGGCGACGUUUUGUGCCAUUAAUUCCAAAGCCCUCUUUACAGUAUGAGGUGCAGUUAUGGCAAGGAGUAGUAAUAAGUCAGUUACGAGGACCCUGGAGGAUUUGACGCUUGAUUCGGGUUAUGGUGGAGCAGCGGACUCCUUCAGGUCUUCCAGUGCUUCACUGUGCUGUUCCGAGGCACAUAUACCGUAUGCGCAUGGGGCGAAUUUCUGGCAUUUAACUGACUCCAUGCACAGUCGCCACAACAGCCUAGACACUGUCAACACCAUCCUGGUCGAAGACGCCGAGAACCUGGAGUGCUUCGGACAGUGCGCUAAACUACCCGAGCUAGAGGACGUGCCAUGGAGCCUCGGGGAAGUAGAGAGCGCACUAAACAAGGACGAAGAGUUGAGACUAGGGGUCGUGUCACAGGAGAUCCUGGCUAGGCUCUCGGUCCUCAUCAGCCGUGCGCUCGUGAGGGUCGCGAAGGAAGCGCAGCGCCUGAGUUUGCGCUAUGCCAAAUGCACCAAAUAUGAGAUUCAAAGUGCCGUUAAGGUUGUCAUGUCUUGGACUGUCUCUGUGAACUGCAUCACAGCGGCACUCAGUGCAUUGUCCAUGUACAACAUGAGCACCGAGGACAAGUUCAGCCGCGGAAAGUCGCUCCGGUGCGGACUCAUUUUCAACGUGGGGAAGUUCUUCAGGUGGAUGGUGGACAGCCGGGUUGCGGUGAGGAUCCACGAGCACGCGGCCAUCUACCUGACAGGGUGCAUGGAGAGUCUUUUCCGAGAGGUGUACGCACGGGCACUGCGCAGCGCACUCGUGGAAAAAGAUAAUGGGAUCCCUAAGUUCACAGUCGAGUCCCUCGAACAGGCCAUCAACAACGACUCGGAGUUAUGGGGGUUCCUGCAGCAAUAUCAACACCUCAUUUGUGGGAAGAAUGCGAGUGGUGUGCUAAGCCUACCAGAGAGCCUGACUCUGCAUCGGUCAGGGAAGAGUGGGGAGGGCCACGCCUACAGUCAGUCGGAGCUACGCUCCAUCGAGCAGUGCCUGCUAGCCACACGCGUAGGCAGCAUCUCAGAACUCAGUGACCUGGUCUCCCGGGCCAUGCACCACCUCCAGCCGCUGCAUGUGAAGAACCACAGCAACGGGACGCCCAUCCACCAGAAGAGCAGCUCAGUACACUGGGAGCCUGAGGCGCUCUAUACCCUCUGCUACUUCAUGCACUGUCCCCAGAUGGAGUGGGAGAACCCCAACGUAGAACCUUCCAAGGUUACCCUGCAGACAGAGAGGCCUUUCCUAGUGCUGCCUCCCCUGAUGGAGUGGAUCAGGGUGUCGGUGGCUCACGCGGAGCACCGCCGCAGCUUCUCAGUGGACAGUGACGACAUCCGGCAGGCCGCCAGGCUGCUACUGCCAGGGGUGGACUGUGAACCACGCCAGCUCAAGACGGAUGACUGUUUCUGUGCUUCCCGCAAGCUGGAUGCAGCCUCUACAGAGGCUAAGUUCCUCCAGGACCUGGGCUUCCGUAUGCUCAACUGUGGCCGGACCGACCUGGUGAAACAGGCUGUCAAUCUGCUGGGGCCUGACGGCAUCAACAGCAUGAGUGAACAGGGAAUGACCCCUCUGAUGUACGCCUGUGUGAGAGGGGACGAGGCCAUGGUCCAGAUGCUGUUGGACGCUGGAGCAGACAUCAACAGUGAGGUGCCAAACACAGUGCACAAGCACCCCUCAGUCUACCCCGAAACGCGCCAGGGGACACCUCUCACUUUCGCCGUGUUACACGGACAUGUCCCUGUUGUGCAGCUGCUACUGGAUGCUCGGGCCAACGUAGAGGGCUCCCUACAGGAUGGCAUGGAGAACUACACAGAGACCCCGCUACAGCUGGCCUCCGCUGCAGGUAACUUUGAGCUGGUCAGUCUGCUGUUGGAGCGGGGAGCAGACCCCAUGGUGGGAACUCUGUACCGUAACGGCAUCUCUACAGCCCCUCAGGGAGAUUUGAACUCCUACAGUCUAGCAGCAGCACAUGGACACAGGAACGUGUUCCGUAAGCUGCUGUCCCAGACGGAGAAGGGGAAGGGGGACGUGCUGUCCCUGGAGGAGAUCCUGGCUGAGGGGACAGAGGAGGAGAGAGGCCUGGAGGAGAGGAGCCCCUCCCAGCUGGACCUGGUCCGGACAGGCAAGGCCAAGCUCAAGGCCCUGAGAGAGGCCAUGUACCACAGCUCUGAACACGGACAUGUGGAUAUCACCAUCGACAUACGCAGCCUGGGAGUCCCCUGGACACUGCACACCUGGCUGGAGUCUCUCCGGACAUGUUUCCUGCAGCACCGGAGACCACUGAUCCAGGGCCUGCUCAAGGAGUUCAGCUGUAUCGAGGAGGAGGAGUACACACAGGAGCUCAUCACCCACGGCCUGCCACUCUUGUUUCAGAUCCUACGAGCCAGCAAGAAUGAGGUAAUCAGCCAGCAGCUGUCAGUGAUCUUCACCCAGUGCUACGGGCCAUACCCCAUCCCCAAACUCACAGAGAUCAAGAGGAAACAGACCUCACGCCUGGACCCUCACUUCCUGAACAACAAGGAUAUGUCAGAUGUGACCUUCCUGGUGGAGGGCAAGCCCUUCUACGCCCACAAAGUCCUGCUCUUCACCGCCUCCGGCAGGUUUAAGUCUCUACUGGCGAACAGACCAGCUGCUGAAAACACAUGUAUUGAAAUCAGCCACGUCAAAUACAACAUAUUCCUGCUGGUGAUGCAAUACCUGUACUGCGGUGGGACGGAGCAUCUGCACAUUAGAAACACAGAGAUUAUGGAGCUGCUGUCAGCGGCCAAGUUCUUCCAGCUGGAGGCGCUGCAGAGGCACUGUGAGGUCAUCUGCUCCAAGAACAUCAACACAGAAACCUGUGUGGAGAUCUACAGCCACACCAAGUUCCUGGAUGCCCCAGAGUUGGCUGCCUACAUCGAGGGCUACUUCCUGAAGAACAUGGUGGUGCUGAUCGAGCUGGAGCCCUUCAAAACGCUGCUGUACGACACGCCCCCAGGCAGCCCCGCCACCAACGUACUGCUGGACCUGGAGAAGACCCUGGGCAUCCGCAUCCAGUCCAUCCACCUGUCCUCCUCCAAGGGCUCCAUCGUCUGAUUGGUUGAUUGAUUGGUUGGUUGGUUGAUUGAUUGAUUGAUUGAUUGAUUGAUUGAUUGAUUGAUUGAUUGAUUGAUUGAGCUGCUACUGGGACUGGAACUGUCUGUCACCAUUGUCCCCAGUACAAUACAUACCUGUACUGAACCACAAUCGACAGUAACGCUAUUGAAUCACUUGCUGUGCUGACUCACGUCAUUGCCAUUCCCCUGCAGCCUACUGAGCCUAGGUCCGAGCAGUUAGGCAAAGUGGACAGCUCUGGAACCUCAGAAAUGUCCGUAGAGCUGUAGUAAAGCUGAUUGAUCAAAGCAAUAGUGGGACUAUAUCGCUGAGACCCAGUGAGAAGAGUGUGUGUCUGGGAUCAUUUGUAAAGCUCCAGUCAACAUUGCUUCGCUCCUUGACAUUAGUCUCCAGACUGCAGUCAAACCUGCCAUUGUCCACUUGUAUUCUGGACAGAAUCGUUGUUGGUACUUUUCUUAGCAUUGUUCUGCAAUCCUACAUAGCUUUAUAGUCUAUUUAUGACUGGACCUAGCCAAACUAAACAUAAGAGCAGACCUGGGUUCAAAUACUAUUUGAAAUCUAGUCUGCCCGGAGUGUCAAAUGGGUGGGGUUUGCACUUUUGCGACUAAUCUAUUGGUUCCAUUGCGACAGGGAAGCUCAAUCGCCCAGUACUUAAAAGGAUUUAAAAGGAUUUCAAAUAGUAUUUGAACCUAGGUCUGUUAAAUGUAACGGUGAUAUAUGGACAUACUGUUUGUCAUGUGUUCAUAUGUUUCAAGGGAGUCAUGCAAAGGAGAGAGGAAUUGGGAAAUUCUUCAAGCUACGUUUGGGAAAGCAGGAACACAUUUCCUUCCUUCGUCCGCUGUUAGAACUGUGUAAAUAUUGUGAAUAAAACACAGAGCUUUGGCUCUUCCUGUAAGUUAAUGUAUAUAUCCUACAGAUGUUUCUUCUCAUGCGUCUCACCAUUGAAUAUUGCUGUAAAAAAAACGCUCUUCUUUUCAAUGUGUUAUUGUUCUGUAUGUUUCAAGUUGCAUGUCACGAGAAUGACUGUUUUGUUUGUGUUCAGUUUGGUUUAAGAGUGGCAUGAGACUGUAGGAGUGAGUGGGAGGGGUAUAGGAGUGAUACUGUCAGCAUGCAUCUCUAAUUGUGUAGAAGUGUACUGGUGUCUUCAUUUCAGGGGAGAACGACGAAGGGCCUGGAUCUGUAUUCAAAAAGUGUCUCAGAGUGGUAGUGCUGAUCUAGGAUCAAGCCCUCCUGUCUGUUUCGUCUUAUUCAUUAUGACCUAAAAGGCUAAAACAGGCCCUAGAUCAGCACACGUACUCUGAGACAUUUUAUGGUUAGGGGCCUCGUCCAAAAUAUUACCAGGGUCUUAAACCGGUCUUAAAUCUUAAACCGGAGAAGCGUCUUUUGUGUUUUCCAGACAUUGUGAAACCACAUGUAAAUGUGUGACUUAAUAUCUGUUUCCUCUAUAA